AUGCAGAAGAAAGACGUCGCCCCGCACGGCUUCCUGCCUCCCUUCCAGCAUUUCGCCACGCAGGCCAUCCAUGUGGGCCAGGAACCGGAGCAGUGGAGCUCCCGGGCGGUGGUGACCCCCAUCUCCAUGUCCACCACGUUCAAGCAGGGGGCUCCCGGCAAGCACUCGGGUUUUGAAUAUAGCCGUUCUGGCAACCCCACCAGGAAUUGCUUGGAAAAAGCAGUGGCAGCCUUGGAUGGGGCCAAGUACAGUUUGGCCUUUGCUUCAGGUUUAGCAGCCACUAUGACUAUUACCCAUCUCUUAAAAUCAGGAGACCAAAUUAUUUGUAUGGAUGAUGUAUAUGGAGGUACAAACCGGUACUUCAGGCGGGUAGCAUCUGAAUUUGGAUUAAAGAUUUCUUUUGUUGAUUGCUCCAAAAUUAAAUUACUAGAGGAGGCCAUUACCCCAGAAACCAAGCUGGUUUGGAUUGAAACCCCCACAAACCCUAGCUUGAAGAUGAUUGACAUUGAAGCCUGUGCACAUACUGUCCAUAAACAUGGAGACAUCAUUUUGGUCGUGGAUAACACUUUUAUGUCGGCAUAUUUCCAGCGACCUUUGGCCCUGGGAGCUGAUAUCUGUAUGUAUUCAGCAACAAAAUACAUGAAUGGCCACAGCGAUGUUGUAAUGGGCUUAGUGUCUGUUAACUCUGAGAGCCUCCAUGAUAAGCUCCGAUUCUUGCAGAAUUCAAUUGGGGCAGUCCCCUCUCCUUUUGACUGUUACCUCUGCAAUCGAGGUCUGAAGACACUACAAGUCCGAAUGCAGAAGCAUUUUGAAAAUGGAAUGGCAGUUGCUCAGUUUCUGGAAUCACAUCCUCUGGUGGAAAAGGUUAUUUAUCCGGGGCUGCCCUCUCAUCCUCAGCAUGAGCUGGCAAAGCGUCAGUGCACAGGUUGCCCGGGGAUGAUCACCUUUUAUAUUAAGGGCGCUCUUCAGCACGCUGAGGCUUUCCUCAAGAACCUCAAGUUAUUUACUCUGGCUGAGAGCUUGGGAGGAUAUGAGAGUCUUGCUGAGCUUCCGGCAAUUAUGACCCAUGCAUCAGUGCCUAAGGGCCACAGAGAUACCCUUGGAAUUAGCGAUACGCUGAUUCGACUCUCUGUGGGCUUAGAGGAUAAAGAAGACCUAAUGGGAGAUUUAGAUCAAGCUUUGAAGGAAGCGCACCGUCCAAAUGCACGUUGA